AUGUACGUCGACUUCUUGAUGAUCGUACUGAAGAAAGCGAUCAAAGUGCGGCUUGCUGCGGGCAAGAGAGUUCCGAGAGUAACCAUCAUGAGCGCGACGAUGGAUACGACAUUAUUCCAGGAAUAUUUCGCUUCCAAAAAUGCCCAAGGAGUUUUGGAGCCUUGUCCCUCGCUCGAGGUCCCCGGGCGGAUGUUUCCAAUUCGCCGAUUUUACCUGCCGGACAUCAUGAGCUCUUUGCAGCAGGAUCGGAGCAUUGAGUUCGAGCAGUUGUUAGCAGGCCAUCCACUCUGUGAGGCAUAUGUGAGGUCUGAGUCAGAGUUCACGGCGACGGCGCCGGAGACGGUCACGAAUGAGGGCUCGGAGACGGUCACAGAGACAGUCACCGAGACGACCAAGGCUGAGGGCUCGGGUAUAUCUGACCGGGAGCGACGCGACCUGCAGGUCUAUGUUCCCACACCGCUAGUAGCGGCAACAAUAGCACACAUCUGCAACUCGACGCAAAUGGAAGGGGCUAUCCUCGCAUUCCUGCCGGGCAUGGGCGAGAUCAUGGAUGUCGACGAAAUUCUCCGCCGAAGGAUGUCUCAUCUCUGGUUCGAUGACGAGAGCAAGUACAAGAUAUGCAUUCUUCAUUCAUACCUCUCUAAAGAACAGCAAAACGAGAUAUUCGAAGCUCUCCCGCUCGGAUGUCGUAGGAUUAUCCUUUCCACUAAUAUGGCAGAAACGUCUUUGACGGUUCCCGACGUGCAAUACGUGGUAGACUCUGGCAGAACACGAGAAGACCGGUUCGAGCAGGUGUCGCGUAUCUCAGGACUGGCUACUGUUUGGGAGAGCAAAUCCAGCGCCAGGCAGCGGGCGGGACGGGCAGGACGGGCAGGACGGGUCCGGAAUGGUUUCUACUACGCGCUCUUCUCCCGGGAGCGGUUGGAAUCGAUGAGUCCCUCGGGGCUACCGGCUCUCCUGAGAUCCGAUCUGAAAACCACGUGUCUGUCGAUCAAGGCGCAAGGUUUUGUAGAGAAGGUUGGUGACUUCCUUGCUGCGGCCAUCGAGCCACCCAGAGCCGAUGCCGUGGAAGCUGCCGUCGAGUCACUUGAAACUCUGGAGGCGUUUACUCCUGAAGAGGGUGUUACGGCUCUCGGCAGAGUCCUUACCGCUUUGCCGCUGGAUCCAUCUAUGGCUACGGAGCUCGGCCAGGAUAAAGGGUCUGCAGCAGCUGCGCGCGCGCAAAUGAGAUACGGCAGGGAGAACCUGUUGAACAUGCGGACCUUCCGGGCCAUCGUUUCGAACGCUCGGCAGAUUGAGGAAGCCCUUACGACCGCUGGUCUUGCCCCCCAGCCCUCAACGGACGAGCGUCAAUUUUCAUCUCAGUACGGCCACCCGUCUCUCAACCAGAACUCGACCGACACUGCGCUGAUCAAGGGCCUCUUGGUCGCUGGUCUCUACCCCAAUAUCGCUGUCAAACGCUUGGAUAAGGGUGGUCGAUAUACGUCCUCAAGCCGGCAAAGACCAGUAGUAAUAAGGCCGAUGCGCCAAGCUAAACCCAGCGCCAGCGAGGGCGAGGAGGACAAGGACGAGGGUGAGAGCGAGGAUCAUCAGGGUCAAGAUCAAGGCCAAGGCAAGAUCCAUGCCUGGAAGAAGGCCCGCCAAGGUGCGUUGGUCACAUACAGCAAUCUCCGCAACUCCCUGGACGAGAAAGCGGUCUUCGCCGUUGAAGUGACGUCCGUGCCGCCUCUACUGCCGCUGCUCUUCGGCGGCCGGAUCGAGAUGACGGGAGACAACAAACUCACGAAGGACAACUGGCUCCCGUUCCACGUGGACGAAUCAGAGGACGCGCACGACCUGUUCGAGUUCAGAGGGGCGCUCGACGCGAUGCUGAACGACGCGUUUCGGUCCCUCUCCGACCGCCACACGUCAGGAUAUCUGGCAGAUGAUCCGGCCCGGGAUAUUUUUGCGCGGGGCGUCAGGGAGUUGCUGAGCUUGACGCCGGCCGCCGAUGCUGCCGAUGUAGAGACGACUGCCGACACGACUGCCUUUCGCGAUCCGGGCAUGUGGCCUACUCUGGACGAGCUACUGGAUUCUGAGAUAGAUGGGUGA